CAGAAAAGCAGAUUUAAGAAUGAAAAAGAGUGGAACUUGGAUCAAUUUAAUGUAGUAUACUUAUGUAGUCACAGUAGUAUUAUGUUCUUUCCAAUGUAUAAGUAAAAAGGAAACGGCUUAAGUUAAUAUCUAUUCGAGUAUAGCUAUAAGCAAGUAUAAAAAUGAAAUGGGGCAUUGGGUGAAAGUAAACUUCUCAUCUUGAUACGCCAACUAAACUGAAACUCCUAUCAGUUUCAUUUUACUCGGUAAAUCCAAAGGUGAAUUAGUUAUCAAUUGACGGUUUUUUUUUCUUAUUUUUUUACUUUCAUGACUAAAAAAGGAAGAUAAGUAAUCACUGAGGAUAGUCCAAUGAUCGUGUCUUUUUACUAUUUUAUCUCUCCCUACUCGUGUAACAUUUGUAUUCUCCAAUCCUCAUAAAAUAAAUACUUUAACUAUGCUCGUAGUAUUUUAGUUGUUUACAGGGCAAUACUACAGUAGACUGUUGAUGUUUUAUUAUUAUAACUAUUUAUAAAUGAAAGUGAUAAUACUUGAAAGAACAAAAAUGUUUAUGACUUUGUCAGUUUUUUUAUUGUUAAUUAUUAACAAAAGUUUAGCCCUAGAAAAUGGGCUUGCCAGAACACCACCCAUGGGUUGGUUGGCUUGGGAACGUUUCCGAUGUAAUACUGACUGUGAAAAUGAUCCUGAUAAUUGUAUUAGCGAUCAGCUAUUCAGAACGAUGGCAGAUUUAGUUGUUGCUGAAGGUUAUGCCAAUGUUGGAUAUGAAUACAUAAAUAUUGAUGACUGUUGGAUGGAAAAAAACCGUGCUAGUAAUGGCAAUGUUGUCCCUGAUCGAAAGAGGUUUCCAUAUGGUCUAAAAAGCCUUAGUGAUUAUAUUCACAUGAAAGGAUUGAAGUUUGGAAUUUAUGGCGACUAUGGAAAUUACACUUGUGCGGGUUAUCCAGGAAUUUUGGGUUACAUGAAAAAUGACGCUGCAGCUUUUGCUUCUUGGAAUGUUGAUUAUGUCAAACUUGAUGGAUGUUACGCAGAUCCCUCUGACAUGGAUCAAGGUUAUCCAGAGUUUGGAGUUCAUUUAAAUCAAACAGGAAGGCCUAUGAUUUACUCUUGCAGCUGGCCGGUUUAUCAAAUUUAUGCUGGCAUUAAACCUAAUUUCUCAUCUAUCAUUUCACACUGUAACCUUUGGAGAAAUUAUAACGACAUCCAAGAUUCAUGGGCAAGUUUAGAAUCAAUAAUUGACUACUAUGGUGAUAACCAAGAUGAUAUAAUAUCUCAUGCUGGCCCAGGUCACUGGAAUGAUCCCGACAUGUUAAUUGUCGGCAAUUUUGGACUUAGUUAUGAACAAAGUAAAACCCAAAUGGCAUUGUGGGCUAUUUUAGCUGCUCCACUGUUGAUGUCUGUUGACUUGAGAACUAUUCGACCAGAAUACAAGGCUAUAUUACAGAAUAAAAAAAUAAUUGCUGUCGAUCAAGAUCCUCUUGGCAUUCAAGGACGUAGAAUUUACAAACAUAAAGGCAUUGAAAUUUGGGCUAGACCAAUCACUCCUGUUCAUCAAACUUAUUAUUCCUAUGCGAUUGCAUUUUUGAACAGAAGAACAGACGGCACACCUUCGGACGUAUCAGUAACACUAAAAGAAUUGGGUCUUCAAUAUCCGAAAGGUUACAGAGUAGAAGAUUUAUAUGAAGAUGUUAAUUAUGGAAUACUAACACCAGAAACGAAGAUUAAAGUGAAAGUAAAUCCAUCAGGUGUUGUUAUCCUUCGGUGUAACGUUGAACGUGAACAAUUCUUUGCACGGAGUCAUUUAUUAUCACCAUUUUUACCUUUGAAUCCAGUUUUUAAUGUCAGAGAUAAUACAUUUGAAUAAUUAAUUGUUGAUUUUUUUUU